CAACAUGUCUAAUUGCUGACUUUUAAGCAAUUUCUAUAUGUUGCCAACAACCCACAAACACAACAGCUUUAGUUAUACAAAUUAAUUGUUAAAAACAAGAAAACAAAAAUAUAAAUAUUAAAAAUAUCUCACCCGCCCCCCGUACAAGUGUUGAGUAGAAUAAUAAAAAACAAUGUUUCCCCGCCUACCAGGACCCAUAACAGAUGACAUAUUUCUGGGUGCCACAACCACAAUAAGAACAGCAUUUCCAAAUUCACGCUUAGACUCGUUAACAAAUCACAAUCAACAGCAACUGCAUCACAGCAAUAGCAACAACAACAACAAUCAUUACGCUCAGCCAACACCAACACCUGCCAGCAAUGGUCACCAGCAACAACAACAAUUGCUAUCACCAUACGAUCCAACGAUAUCGGCUGAUUUUCUGGCCACUGCAACAUUAAAUGAGGCAGCCGGAGCAGCCAUUGAAAGUGUAGCAAAUAGUUUAGGUGUAGCGGGUGCUGGUAGCGGUAGUAAUAGUAUUAGCAAUAGUUUUUUACCUGCCAACAAUGAUGAUGAUGACUUUUGGUUAAAUGCCAUCGAAGAGGACACGUUUGAGUCACCAUUGGCAUUUGAUGCCAGCGAAAAUGGUCUUUGGAAUGGACAUUUUGUACCACCGCCACCGAGGCCACCGUUUUUGGAUGAGAGCGUGGCAGCGGAUGGUCUAACAACCUGUGAUCUAUGUACUUGGGCAUGGCAACGUAAUGCCUAUUCAUUGGAUGGUUCGAUAG